AUGUCAACGAAGGAUCGUUUGGUAUCUGAAAGUUCGUUUGAUGGCAACGUUGAUGAACGAUUGAAAUCAAUUGAAGCCGUGGAGAGUUUCAGAAACUGCAGCCUCAGCGAGCUUGGUUAGUUUAAAAUUUAAAUAUAAUUGGUUUUUAGAUUCAAAAAGAGCUGGGUUGUCAUCUCAAAUAUCACAUUUGACUCAAAAGAUUAGUGACCUGGCUUUUAACAACUACAGAAUCUAUGCAGAUGCUGGACGUACCGCUGAGAAUUGCAGUGAAAUGGUAAGAAUGUGGAUAAAUUUUAGUUUUUAUUGAUACUGUAAGGUAGAAUUGUAGUUUUAAACCUAGUUUUGCGCAAAACGAUAACGUAACGAGUAUUUUAGCUGGAUAACAUAAAUAAAGAGAUGUCACAUGUGAAAGAACGUCUUCCUACGUUAAUCGAUGAUACUGUAGCAUUUAUUGAAAAGUCAGAAGAUAUUUUUCGGGAUUUUGUUCACCUUGACGAUGCUAUUACAGAGGACUCGCCUAUCUGGGAGAUAGUGAACCUACCAAAAAUGAUGGACAAAUGCAUUCGACAUGGACAAUAUGAUCUUGCUUAUGCUUUGACAACGUUUGCUGUUAAUCUUCAGCAAAGCAAACUUGGAGAGAACUUGAUUAUUAAGGUAACAUCUCUUUUGGUUACUAAUAUUUUGAGUUUAGAAAGUAGCUCACACGUUGAUUGAAGCUCGGCAUGGCCUACUGGAUGUACUUUUCAAUAAGUUUGCCGGUCCAAUUGAUCUGGCAAAGUCUAUUCAAAUUGUAAAUAAUAUCAGGAAGAUUCCUUACAUAUCAAAUACCCAAUUGCGUGUUUGUUUAUUGCAAUAUAGAGAUGUGUAUUUGGAGAAGAAUGUAAUGGCACUAAUGGUAGGGAUAUUAUACUAUGUUUCAAGAAUUUUAGCUAUUAAUUGUUUAAGUAAUAAAUCUAUAGUUUCGUUUUCUUUUGUUAAACAUAGGUUUAUUUUACAGUCGGAGCCAGAUUAUGCUAUAAAAGUAGUGGAUGUGUAUAGGGACUGUAUGUACGAUACGAUUGUUCUUUAUUUGGCUGUUUUCCCUGGAGUUGACUCAUACAAGAAAUAUGUAAGUGUCUUUUUUAAUACAUUACGACAAUAGAAAAACGAUAUUAAGUGUUAAUUAUGUAUUGGAAAGGAAAACCUUAUUCAAGUAAAGAUGUUUCUUGUUUUAGUCCUCAUCUGAUGACCCACGAUGGGAGCGAUGGACUGGUGGAUCACAGAACUACUUGCUUCAGUCCUGGGCUCAUCGUAACAUCGAUGUUAUGUUCGAAAGGAUAAGAUCUUCAGAGAGAAAGUCAGCAAUCGAUUUUGAAGCUAUUGGAGGAAAACUUAUGAGUUUCGCCAACUCUUUUGGCAGAAUGGGAAUGGAUUUCAGACCACUGAUAAUCAAUGAACUCUCUGUAAUGACAUUGGAGUCAUUCUCAAGGCGGGUACAGAAAGCUACCGAAAUGUACGUUUAAUGCGUUUGGUUAUUUUGGAUUAAAUUUCAAUUUAAAUUUGUUGCCUUGAGUUGGUAUUAUUAUCAUUCAAACACGAAGCUCUGAUUUAAUAUAAAUUGACAAAGUUAUAAAUUUCAGGUUUGUGUCUCAGAAACAGCUGGAUUUACUCGAUGAAGACAUUUUCAAAGUGAACAGAAGUGACUUGGAGAACAAAGCUUCCUCAACGGAUGUCCAAUCAUCAACUGCUCCCGUAGAGAUCUGUGCAUGGGACGAUCUUUGUGUUUAUGGUAACGAACUGAUCGACGCUCUCAAUGACUUGAGACAUUCAUUGUCGCCAGUUUAUGUAAGUUAGAAAAAGUUUAUGGGGUUGCUAAAGUAACUUUUAGAUUACAAUUUUUUCCUAUUAUUAAAUUAUCAAAUAUGUGUAAUAUAUGAUUUCUUUAGGUAAAUGACGUGUUCAACGUUCUAAAGUCCUCGUUACAAGCUGUUUUGCUUUGGAUUCAACGAUUUUCUGAUUCCGAAGAAAAGCUGAAGAAACGAGCUACAGAAUUAAUUUUGAUAAAUUUUGCGCCGUUUAUGAAUCAAUGUUUUCAAACGAUAUUCACAUUUGAAUCGUGUUUUAAACCAUUCUUUCAUGGCAACGUUACCCAUCAAGAUUAUGUAAGUUUAAUUAACUGUAUAUAUAUAUAUGGGUUUUUUAAGUAUAAGUAUGUUAUAUGAAAAGUGGGUUUUACACUAUAUCUUAAUACACUAUAAUUUCAGAUAAAAACUUACGAUCUCGGUGCAGCCAACGCACAUGUUGUUCAAGUAACGGAAUCAACUGCUUGA